AUGACUCGAGAACAAUACAUACUAGCAACACAACAAAACAACCUGCCAAGGGCUGAGAAUGCACAACUUUACCCAGUGGGGAUUUAUGGAUGGCGAAAGAGGUGCUUAUACUUCUUUGUCCUUCUGCUGUUGGUUACCAUGAUAGUUAACUUAGCCAUGACAAUAUGGAUAUUGAAAGUGAUGAAUUUCACCGUGGAUGGUAUGGGAAAUCUGAGAGUCACCAAGAAGGGAAUCCGACUUGAAGGUAUAUCUGAGUUUCUACUUCCAUUGUAUGUGAAAGAAAUUCAUUCCCGAAAGGAUAGUCCACUGGUCUUACAGUCUGACAGGAAUGUAACAGUGAAUGCGAGAAAUCACAUGGGGCAGUUAACUGGACAGCUGACAGUAGGAGCUGACGCUGUGGAAGCUCAGUGUAAGAGAUUUGAAGUGAGAGCGAGUGAAGAUGGCAGGGUGCUGUUCUCUGCAGAUGAAGAUGAGAUUACCAUUGGGGCUGAAAAGCUGAAAGUUACAGGCACCGAAGGAGCGGUAUUCGGGCACUCUGUUGAGACACCUCACAUCAGAGCAGAACCUUCCCAAGACCUCAGGCUUGAAUCACCCACCAGGUCCUUGAUCAUGGAGGCUCCUCGAGGGGUCCAGGUCAGCGCCGCUGCGGGAGACUUCAAGGCCACCUGCAGGAAAGAGCUCCAUCUGCAAUCUACAGAGGGGGAGAUCUUUUUGAACGCAGAGAAAAUCCGGCUGGGGAAUCUACCGACCGGCUCUUUCUCAUCGUCUUCACCCAGCUCCUCAAAUUCUCGGCAGGCAGUGUACGAACUGUGUGUCUGCCCCAAUGGCAAACUUUACCUUUCUCCAGCGGGACUAGGUUCCACUUGUCAGUCCAGUAGCAGCAUCUGCUUGUGGAGCUGA